AUGCUGGAGAUGUUGAAGCGAUGGUUACCGGCUCAGGAAUCUUUUCGUGUCAUGCAACGGUGUAUUCCAUUAAGUUGUGGUGAUAUCUCCAUGUGCUUAAGAUUGGGUGGUGUUGGGGUGGAUGUGGAAUUUGAAAAAAAUAUAUGUGGUGUUGUGGGGUCAGUUAUGAAAGAUAAAUUACUAACAGUUGAAAAUGUUAUUAAUGUCAUUAAGAGUUUGUUAGAGGCUGAGUUUGUUGAUGUUGAUAAUGUUUGCCGUUUAUAUAUUUUAGUUUGUUUUGCUGUCCUAUACUUCCCUAGGAAUUCAAGAACUAUUUGCAAUAUUCCGUUCAGUGUUUUAGACAAUAUAGAUAGGUUGUCCACUUACAACUGGGGUAAAGCAGUCCAUACGUAUCUGGUAAAAAGUUUAAGUCGUGCCUUUUUGGCACUUGGUCAAACGGAAAUCUGCUUAAGCGGCUCAACAACAGUUUUGCAGUUGUGGGCCGUAGAACGGCUUCGAUUAUGUGCGUCAGAUGCAGAGAUUGUUUUUCCACGAAUUUUGGGCUGGACGGACUUUCAAUUAAAGAGAAGACGCGUUGAGAAGUUAUUUCAAGAGACCCAUGUUAUUUGUUCAUUUAGAUUUUUUUUGGAAUGGAGGUUGAGAGAAGAAGACCAUGAGAAUGAAAUUAUUCGAGAAGCCUUGCAACUUGGACACGAAGGGCAAUCCAAAAAAGCGCAUGUAGAUAACAAGGUUGCGUCGAUGCAAGACUUGUUAAAGAAGCUGCGAAAGCAUGGAAGACGACUACGGAAGUUGAAGAAGCACAUGACGGAAUUGCAUGAAGAAAUAUUGUCUAGAUCUCAUGUAGGGGAUGAAGAAGAUGGAGAAAAUGUUGACGAGAAUGGUGCGGAAGGUGUACACAAAGAAGCCGAUGUUGAGGUUGAGGUUGAACAGCGUGAUCAGGAGGAUGAAAUUGGUGAACAUCUUCAUAAAUGUUUUGAUUUGAACUCCGAAUCUGAUGUUGCCCAGUUUGGGGAGGUUUUAGCACUUCAAGCCAUUGCUCCAUAUGAUCCACAACAGCCAUCAUUUGAUUCAUUAGGAGUUGACUUGAUGAAGUUGUACAACACUGUAACUUAUGACCGUACUCCUUAUAGGUUGGUGGCCAAUAUAAAUGGCCAAAUUUUGGGAACCUCUGAAUGCUGUGGUUUUGGUCCUACAAAUAAGGUGGACAAUAUGGCUGUUUUGUUCGGUGCAAGCACAAUGAUGUACUUUGAACGACGCAAAUAUGGUCAUGUCAAGCGAGUAGCUUUCAAUCCGUUAUAUGCGACUCAUGUUCUGAAUGACUCACGAAGGAUGAAGAUUAAUAGACGGCAAUGGACAUUGAAAGACUAUGAGGUUUACUUUCGUGCAGGACUGAUUUCUGUGAAGGAUAUUGUGGAUGCUGAUUUUUUGUUUGCCCCAACGGUGCAUGAAGGUCAUUGGUGGUGCUAUGCUGUAAAUUGUCAACAGAAGAAGCUUUAUGUCUUGGAUUCAAUUGGACAUUCCAAUAAAAAUCGCAAAAGACUAGAUAACGCCAUUAUGUCUGCGUUUGUUCAUGCUAUAUUAGAUUGCUCUCGCUGUGCUAGACUGCAGUUUGGAGAGCGUUGUUACCCAGUCUCACAUGAUCAGUUGCGUUUGUCACCUGUUUCAUUACAGAAUGGCAUUUUAAAAAGACAUGAUUAG